AUGAGGCCGACACAAAGCGUUUCGAGUGGUGCGACUGAAACGGAAGCAAAAGGGCGGGGCAUCGUUGCGGCGGUUCUCGCGUACGUCCUGUGGGGUAUUUUUCCGGUCUAUUUCAAGAUCGCAGGAGACCUGCCGCCGCUAGAGGUGUUGGCGCAUCGAAUCGUCUGGGCCGUUCCCUUUGGUGCGCUUAUUCUGUGUUUUAGGAGGCAGUGGGCGGAGGUCUUUGUUGCCCUGCGGUCGCCGGCAGUGCUCGGUAGGCUGUCUAUCUCGGCUGGCCUCAUAGCAGGCAACUGGUUGGUCUUUAUCUGGGCCGUUCAGCACAACAACAUCACGCAGUCGAGCCUUGGCUACUACAUCAGCCCAUUGAUUUCUGUUCUGUUGGGGAUCGUUGUUUUCUCCGAGAAGCUUCGUCGCGGGCAGGUUGUCGCGCUACUACUGGCCGCAGUUGGCGUGUUGGUACUGGCCGUUCACAUUGGCGAGCCGCCCUGGAUUUCGCUCAUGUUAGCUGCGACUUUCGCGACCUACGGCGCAAUCCGAAAACAGGUUUCGAUCGGUGCUAUGCCCGGCCUGUUUGUGGAGACCCUUUGUCUGCUCCCGUUCGCUGCAGGUUAUAUGAUGUGGCUCAGUGUUCAGGGUGCCUCGGUCUUUAGCCAGCCUUCCGCGUCGUCAAUCGGUAUCGCGUUGUUGGCGGGCCCGGUGACAGUGUUGCCGUUGGUGUGUUUCGCGGUGGCGGCUCGUCGCCUCAGCUUGGCGACCCUUGGUUUUCUGCAGUACACCGCACCUACGCUGCAAUUUCUGAUCAGCAUGUACUAUGACGAGCCCCUAGGCCCAGCUCAUAUCGUUUGCUUUGGUCUAAUUUGGCUUGCGGCAGUCGUUUUUAGUGUUGAUGCUUGGCAUGCUCGCAGCCGCUUUAGAACAAGCCAAAUCAACCCUUGUUAA